AUGUACUUGAAGAAGGAGGUCAUUAAUCAAUUACAAAAAAUUCUCAGAGAAGGAAAACUGUAUUCUAUAUCUCGAUUCACGGUAGUUCCGAAUAUUGGUGCAGCAAAAGUUGUAAAGCAUCGAUAUAAGUUGCUUUUUCGGUUUGACACGGAGGUUAUUCCAAUUUCAGAUGUUGAGUUUCCAGAGGCUUCAUAUUCAUUAGAGACUGUUGAAAGUGUUGUUCAGAUGGGACAAGAUUUAGUAUACUUGAUCGAUGUCAUGGGUUUUCUGAUAAGUGUUCGUGACUAUUCUGAUGUUGAACUUGACGAUGGGAAAAAGUUUAAAUUAGUUCUCAUCCAGUUGUAUUCAAAUGGCUCUUAUCUUACCUAUAAUUUAUUUGGAGAUUUUUUAACAAAGAUGCGGUUGGCUCUUAUGAAUGCUGUCUCGCAACUGCCAAUCAUUUUACUCCAAUCUGUCAAGGUCAAGAUUUAUGAAGGAAAAGUUAUAGUUCAAAAUGUAAUAGAUUGUAGCAAAAUCAUGAUCAAUCCUGAUAUUUCAGAGGCUGUAUGCUUUAUUACUAGAUUGAAUUCUUCGGAGUCAUAUUUCAUUGACUCUAUCACAUUUGGUAAUAGAUUUAUUGUUACUGAUGUCGAUGAUGAUUUUGUCAAUCUCUCUAUGAAUAGGAGUAUUAAGGAAUUAAGAGAAAAUGAUGCGAUGGUUUCUUCAAUGUUGUUGCUAAGAUUAAAAGUAUAUGCAACAAUUUUGAUUGGUUGUACUACUCAUGUGUACAAGGUUUUAGUAAAUGUUGAGGAUGCUACUGGAAGUGCUAGAUUUGUUUUGUAUGAUCGUUCCGCAGCGCUCUUAUUCAGAAAAAAGCUCAUUGAAGUUCUUCGGGAUUUUGAUGCUGAGCACUCGGUUGUGUAUGCAACCCCUUAUCUACCAUUCUUUGAUGAUGUAAUUAGAAAGGAAGUUGUGUUUAAAGUAGACCGGAAAAAAGUUGGAAAUAGACCAAAUGUUGGGACAUUUAAAGUAGUCAACUGUUCUGAUGAUCAUGUGAUUAGACUUCUCCCACCAACUAUAUUUUCACCGAUUUAUGAGGAUGUCAUUCAAAAUCUGCAGCAUCAUGAUGAAAUAUCAUCUCUUGGUAGUAGAAUCUUCGUUAAUUCUGACAACAUGGAAUCUAUUGAAGUUGAUAUAGAGGCUUUGGGUGCUGCGUAUAACCUUACAAAGCCGAAUGAAGAAUUUCACUUGGAUGCAUCCGAUUUUUUGUACAAAUUGAUAGGGAAAAAAUUGGUAUUCAUGUUUGAUCCUCAGCCCGUUGAGAGUGACACAAUAUGCCCUGCGUAUAAUGUUUUUAAAGUUUCUACACAUGAGUUUAUGUUAAAGUUGAUUGAACGUGUUGAGAAUCGUGUUUUGAAUGCGCACAAAUCUGUUCGUGUGGUGAAUGAAAUUGUUUGCAACAAGAGAUUGGCAUCCCCAUACCGUGAUGUACCAAGAUUUACAAAGCAAAAACUUGAAGAUGCAUUUUCUAGGAGUAUAGAUAGAACUUGGAAUGAUAAUGAGGAGGCAUCAUCAUCUAUGAAUAUUUAG